AUGGCAUACUCAUAUAAAGAUCUGAGGAUUCAUGGAAAAACCGGAGCUGGAGAGAUCGCAUCAGGAAACAUCAUCCUGAGAGAAAACAUUGAAUCCCACCUAUAUUCUGAAUCUGUGACUGAGAAAUGCGAACAGUAUCAGCAGAAGGUAGAGGGUAGAACAAUCUCAGUGAUUGACACUCUAGGACUUUAUGAUACCUCAAUCAAUCAAGAACAACUUCCUGGUCCUCAUGUGUCCCUGACAAGAGAUGAGCAGAUUAAUGAGGCAGGUAAAGGCAACUACAAUGCUUUCAGUAACACAGAUGCUGAAAAUCGAUCAGAGGUCACUGAACCGCUAGAGAAGAUUGACAAAAAGAUGGAGGAGAACGGAGGAGAGCAUUACACAAAUGAAAUGUACAAGGAAGCUCAGCAAAGGAGUUUGGAAGAGGAGGAAAAAUCGGGAGAGGAAGAACCAUUGAGUUUGGCUCAGAAAGCAGUGUAUGUGGGAGCAGGUGUGUUAGGAGGAGUCACUGGAGUAGCAGGAGCGGUUGUUGGAGGAGCAGCACAUGGAGCAAAUCAGACGUCAGAAGUGUGUCUUCAAAAUAUUCUUGAGCAGACUGAAAACCUUACAGCUCAAGAGCUGCCUGUGAAUACUGUGCUGAGCAUUUUGACCGUGGCUUUCAACACUUCUGAGAUGAUGUUAGAGUCGUUAUCAUCAGUAAACCCAGCUGAACUAGCCUCCUAUGGAAACCGUCUGUUAAAAGCCAGCGAGCAACUCAUUUCUAUAUUAGUGAAACCGACAGACACAAGUGAAAGUGUCAGUUUUACUCUUGCUUCUGUAGAAGGUCAAGUUUUCAUAGUUGGACCACAAGUCACCUUAGAGAAAUUAUCUGGACUUGAAACAAGAAGUUCUGCUAUGGACAUAGAUCUCAUUGGGAUCGCCAAGAACAACAAUGAAAGAUCAGCUGCUGUGGCUUUCAUGAGCUACAACACGAUGGAGAAUCUACUGAAGCCAGACUUCUUCAACACACCAAAGGACACGAUUAAAACCAUGAUGUCCACUGUGAUCUCAGCUACCCUUCCCAAAACCACCAACACUAAGCUAACUAAACCAGUCAACUUCACCCUCAAACACAUCAGAAAGCUUGAUCCCAGCAGUUCUCUGUCCUGUGUGUACUGGAAUAUCAGCGAGUGGAUUGUAGAUGGUUGUUCUGUUUUUAAGACCAACAGCAGUUACACUGUGUGUUCCUGUGACCAUCUGUCCACAUUCGCUCUCAUGCAAACCAGCCGCCCACCAGAGAGCAACUCACUGCUGGUUAUUUUGGUGUGUGUGAUUGUGGGGCUGGUGUUCAUCAGUUUGGCCCUAUUGACCUUUGCCCUUUAUAAGUGGAGUCCUCUGCGUGAUUGGAUGCGUGGUUGCGUUGUGCUGAACCUUGAAGGCUACAACAGAGAAGAGUGA